ACUGGCUCUUUCAUCUGAGGGAAGCAUCAGACAGACAUAUAAGUCAAUCCACUGAGGUAAAUGAAGGAGAAGAUCAUAGCACUGGAUAGUGCAGGAUAGGAUAUCAUUCAAGGACCUCCACAGGAACCUGCAAUGAGACAGAGAAGCGAUUCAGAUCAGGAUUACAGAUCAAACACUGGAGUAAAGAUACAAACACACAACCAGUGAAUUCAAGUGGACAACUGAAUAACUGUGUCCACGCUACAGAAUAAGCAUUGGUUCAGAGUGCUAGAACCUCGGGCUAAAACACACUGGACUAAACUGAAAACCAGAGGUUGAUCUACUAUUGAGCUAAACUACUGCUGAGAGCUGAGCAUGCCAGAGGAGGGUAUGGAGGACAACAAGGUGGGAGAGGAGAGACCCAAGUGGAACAACAAGGCAGAGUACCUGCUGACCUGCAUUGGCUUCGCUGUGGGGCUGGGGAACGUGUGGCGCUUCCCCUACCUCUGCCAGAUUUACGGAGGGGGUGCGUUUCUGAUCCCCUACCUGAUAGCCCUGGUGUUUCAGGGUCUGCCUCUGCUCUACUUGGAGCUGGCUAUAGGACAGAGGCUCCGCAUGGGCAGCAUCGGAGUCUGGAACUCCAUAUCACCCUACCUGGGAGGAGUAGGUGUAGCCUCUAUGGUGGUGUCCUUCUGUGUGAGUCUGUUCUACAACACUAUCGUGGCCUGGGUCCUCUGGUACCUCUUCAACUCCUUCCAGGAACCCCUGCCCUGGAGCCAAUGUCCCCUCAACCACAACAACACAGGGUACGUGGAGGAGUGUGUAGAAAGCACGCCGGUCAACUACUUCUGGUACCGUCAGACCCUGAACAUCACUCCUAACAUGGAGACCAGUGGCUCUCUACAGUGGUGGAUGGUGGUCAGCUUAGCUACCGCCUGGUCUAUCGUUUACAUCUGUUUUAUCAGGGGGAUCGAGACCAUCGGCAAGGCUGUGUAUGUAACAGCAACAUUCCCCUACCUGGUACUAACUAUCUUUCUGGUGAGAGCCCUGACCCUACCUGGAUCAUCUGAAGGUCUAAUGUAUCUGUUCACACCUGACUGGGAGAUCCUGAAGGACCCGCAGGUAUGGCUGGAUGCUGCUACUCAGAUCUUCUUCUCUCUGUCAGUGGCCUUUGGUGGACUCAUCUCAUUCUCCAGUUACAACAGCCAGAAGAAUAACUGUGAAAGGGAUGCUGUUUUAGUGGGGGUUAUAAACAGUGCUACAUCAAUCUAUGCCUCCAUCCCCAUCUUUGCCAUCCUGGGAUUCAAGGCCCACACCAACUAUGUCACCUGUCUGAAUGGUAACAUCUUAGCACUGACCAAUGAGUUUGAUAUUGGCGACAUGAACAUAACAGUUGAAAACUACGAGCAGUGGUUUGACUCUUUAAAUGGGACACAACCAUCUCGAGUGUCCGAUCUCAACCUGAAGACAUGCGACCUGCAAACCUUCUUGGAUCAGAGUGCGUCUGGUACUGGGUUAGCGUUCAUCGUGUUCACAGAAGCGGUGAUAUCGAUGCCUGGCUCUCAGGUGUGGGCUGUGCUCUUCUUCAUCAUGCUGUUCAGUCUGGGUCUGUCCUCCAUGUUUGGUAAUCUGGAGGGCGUCCUCACGCCCCUUCAUGACCUCAAACUGGUGCCCAAGUGGAUGCCCAAUGAGCUCUUCACAGGAUUGAUCUGCCUGGUAUCGUUCCUGGUGGCUCUGAUAUUCACUAUGGCUUCAGGGAACUACUGGUUGGAGAUUUUUAACAGUUACGUGGGCUCUGUACCUCUCCUCAUCAUCGCCUUCUUUGAGAUCAUCGCUGUGGCAUACAUCUACGGAAUAGGACGGUUCAGUGAUGACUUGGAGUUCAUGACAGGACAUAGACCCAACAUCUUCUGGAAAGUCUGCUGGUUGGUCAUCAGCCCUCUGAUGCUGUUGGUGGUGUUGGUGGCGUACGUUGCCGUCCAGGCCCAGACACACCCCACCUACCCAGCAUGGAAUCCUGACUAUGUGAACUUCCCCGAAACAGAGGUUCUGCCGUAUCCAGACUGGGUGUUUGCCAUCUGUGUCCUGCUGUCUUCAGUACCAGUUAUCUCCAUCCCCCUGGUGGCCAUCUACAGACUCAUCUGCUGCAUGUCAGGAAGACACUCUAAUGACAGUCUCCACAACGAUCUGAAUCCUUAUGCCAACGAAGGCUACGUUGUAGAGAGCUAGAACCUAAAGACACUCUAUUUCGAUCUAUCCUCAUCUGAGCAACAUUGUAAAACAACGCUGAGGUGAAAUAAUUGCCUCACAUCAACUGACCUUGACAUUCCUUACACUCAUGAAUCAAAAGGGUGUUUAUUUGUUUUUAUUUUGUAAUAAUGAAGGACGGACGAUCGGUUGCACUUGAAUUGGACAGUGAUUCUUUUUUUAAAUGUCUCCAGGAGUAGUUUUUUUUUGUCUUUUGGGUGACACAAAGAGGAUUGAAGAGCUGAGAAUCGGUGAAUGUGGAUUUGUUGGUCAAAGUAUUGAUUUUUUUUGUAUUUGUUUUCUCACACAGAACAUAAAGAUUAGAGCUAAUGUAAACAGCAUAGAGCUUUCAGUGUAAAGAUAGUGUCUAUGCCAUUAUGUUUUCUACUGGAAAUGAAAUUACAUCUGUGAUAGCAAAUGUUCUUCCUUAUUUCUUUCAUAGGACCUACCACUCCUAAACCAUAAACAUUAGAGAUAAUACAGCAAUUGGAUGGAGAAUAAACCUAGGCGUUGAAACCACAGUAUGACAGCAUGAAAAGAUACUUUUAGUUUUACCAAAGCACAAAACAUAAAUAACUUUGUAAUUACAUAUUGCUAGUGUGCUAUAUUACUUAUAUAAAUAUAUACUUUAUUUCAGUCACACAUCACUGACACAUAGCCUAGUAGACCAAUCUGUUUGCACUUUAGCUAGCUAACUCCUCUGUCCUGUCUGUUGUCAUGGCACUUUAGCUAGCUAACCCUUCUGUCUUGUCCGUUGUCAUGGCACUUUAGCUAGCUAACUCCUCUGUCCUGUCUGUUGUCAUGGCACUUUAGCUAGCUAACUCCUCUGUCCUGUCCGUUGUCAUGCCACUUUAGCUAGCUAACUCCUCUGUCCUGUCUGUUGUCAUGGCAAUUUAGCUAGCUAACUCCUCUGUCCUGUCCGUUGUCAUGGCACUUUAGCUAGCUAACUCCUCUGUCCUGUCUGUUGUCAUGGCACUUUAGCUAGCUAACGCCUCUGUCCUGUCUGUUGUCAGGGCAAUUUUAACUAGCUAACUCCUCUGUCCUGUCUGUUGUCAUGGCACUUUAGCUAGCUAACCCUUCUGUCCUGUUUGUUGUCAUGGCACUUUAGCUAGCUAACCCCCCCUUCCUGGCCGUUGUCAUGGCACUUUAGCUAGCUAACUCCUUUGUCCUGUUUGUUGUCAUGGCACUUUAGCUAGCUAACUCCUCUGUCCUGUCUGUUGUCAUGGCACUUUAGCUAGCUAACCCUUCUGUCUUGUCUGUUGUCAUGGCACUUUAGCUAGCUAACUCCUCUGUCCUGUCUGUUGUCAUGGCACUUUAGCUAGCUAACUCCUCUGUCCUGUCUGUUGUCAUGGCACUUAACUAGCUAACUCCUUUGUCCUGUCUGUUGUCAUGGCACUUUAGCUAGCUAACUCCUCUGUCCUGUCCGUUGUCAUGCCACUUUAGCUAGCUAACUCCUCUGUCCUGUCUGUUGUCAUGGCAAUUUAGCUAGCUAACUCCUCUGUCCUGUCCGUUGUCAUGGCACUUUAGCUAGCUAACUCCUCUGUCCUGUCUGUUGUCAUGGCACUUUAGCUAGCUAACUCCUCUGUCCUGUCUGUUGUCAGGGCAAUUUUAACUAGCUAACUCCUCUGUCCUGUCUGUUGUCAUGGCACUUUAGCUAGCUAACCCUUCUGUCCUGUUUGUUGUCAUGGCACUUUAGCUAGCUAACCCCCCCUUCCUGGCCGUUGUCAUGGCACUUUAGCUAGCUAACUCCUUUGUCCUGUUUGUUGUCAUGGCACUUUAGCUAGCUAACUCCUCUGUCCUGUCUGUUGUCAUGGCACUUAACUAGCUAACUCCUUUGUCCUGUCUGUUGUCAUGGCACUUUAGCUAGCUAACUCCUCUGUCCUGUCUGUUGUCAUGGCACUUCAGCUAGCUAACUCCUCUGUCCUGUCUGUUGUCAUGGCACUUUAGCUAGCUAACUCCUCUGUCCUGUCUGUUGUCAUGGCACUUUAGCUAGCUAACUCCUCUGUCCUGUCUGUUGUCAUGGCAUUUUAGCUAGCUAACCCUUCUGUCCUGUCCGUUGUCAUGGCACUUUAGCAAGCUAACUCCUUUGUCCUGUCUGUUGUCAUGGCACUUUAGCUAGCUAACUCUUCUGUCCUGUCCGUUGUCAUGGCACUUUAGCUAGCUAACUCCUCUGUCCUGUCUGUUGUCAUGGCAAUUGCUAGAAAGAACGAAAUAUGACACACUUUGAUGCGAUGAAUCAACAGGACAAAGUCCAGAGAUAGAGAUGGGAGGAGGUUUUUGUCUUGUUGAUCUCACAUUCAAUCUUUAUAGAUUUUUUUACAUGGCAUGUUAAAGAGAGCUUUUUAUUAUCCUUAUCGCUCUACUGUUUUAUAUCAAUUUAAUGAUGUUUUGCCCUCUCUCUCUCUCAAAUGAUCUUGUGAAAGAGAUGUGUUUUAAUCAGGUUGUUUGUGCCAAGUCAAUGAUCUGCCAAACCUCAGCCCGCAUCAUCACUGCAUCCCUAGUUAGACCGUAACCUGGGAUGGUCAAAUAAACCAACCACGACCACUCUACGACUAUAAAUUACACCUGGUACUAAUUACGCUUGCUUUAAAGUACAUUGGUAUCAAAAAAUAAGGUAGAGCCAAAACAGAAUAUUAAAACAAAUCCUAAAUGUCCAUAUAUAAACAGAUGCAACAAGGCUCCUUCCUACCUGUGCUGUUCUUUGCAGAAACCCUGACACACUGCCGUGGUUAUUGGCCGUGGAGGAGGGGGCUGAGAUUCUCGACUAGGCCCGGAUGGCCUUGAAGUCCUCAGGUUUUUUUUGAGUGUGGCAGCCUGUCUGACUCGUGCUAGUCUGAAACCACCCAGCUUAUGAGAGCUAGAAUUGAACUAUGGUUUUUGCUUUCUAAUAACGAAGUCAAGUUUAACAAUUAACCCUAAUUUGUGUGUUAAAUGAAUAAUAAACACUAACUUUGCUCUCACAUCA